AUGCAAGGACUGGCACAGAGCACCACAGUAGUGGUUCCUAGAGAAACUCAGCCCUCGGACCCAUCUGUUAUAAAAUCACAAAGGUGGAAGGAGAACAAAGAGAAGUUCUUGAAGGGGGAACCCAAAGUCCUAGGGGUGGUACAAGUUAUGAUUGCUCUCAUAAACCUCAGCUUAGGAAUAAUAGUAAUGAAAACUAAGGGUUUUGGAUCACUCAUUUCAGUUGCCUUACAAGCCCCAAUUUGGGGACCAGUAAUGUUCAUUGUCUCCGGAUCCCUGUCAAUUGUAGCAGGAGUGAAAGCGACAAAGAGCCUGGUCAUCAGCAGUCUAAGUCUGAACACUAUCAGCUCUGUGUUGGCUGCAGCUGCAAGCAUAAUGGGUGUUGUCAGUGUGGUUUUGAGUGCAUAUUCUUUCUUAUAUGGUAGUGAUCCAAUCGCCAGGGGUUUGGAUGUUUUGAUGCUAAUAUUAAAUAUACUAGAAUUCUGCAUUGCUGUGUCCAUCUCUGCAUUUGGAUGUAAAGCUUCCUGUUGUAACUCUAGUGAGGUUCUUGUAGUGCUACCAUCAAAUCCUCCUGUGACAGUGAUGGCGCCCUCCAUGCCACUUCAACCAUUGCUACCACCAGAGUGCCAAGGAAAAAAUGUUCCAGAAAAUGUAUACCCAGGAGCAAUAGUCUAA